ACUCCAUGCCUUGAGACUUACAUACAAACUAAGACUUAGCCAUACAGAUUCUACAAUGAAGAGGGAAAUGCUCUUCCUCGCUGCGUUCCAUGCGAUGCUCUUUUCUUCACUGCAAGUUAUGGCUCAGAAAAGGGACAGAAUGGUCUGCACCAAUGUUUACUUGGCUGACAUGGUGUUCCUGGUGGAUGGCUCCUCUAGCAUCGGAAGAGCAAACUUCCGCAUGGUCCGAUCUUUCAUGGAAGGGCUGGUUGUUCCGUUUGUCAAUGUGGUGGGGGAGAACGGGGUGCGUUUUGGAGCUGUGCAGUACAGCGAUGAUCCCAGGACUGAAUUCACAUUCUCCAAGUUCUCCAAUGGAACAGAGGUGAUGAGGGCUGUCCGAGACAUGGCCUACAAAGGUGGGAACACACGCACUGGAGCAGGCCUUCGUUAUGUGGCAGAUAACUUCUUUGGAGCCAGUCAGAUCCGGCCAAAUGUUCCAAAGAUCUGUAUCCUCAUCACAGAUGGAAAGUCUCAGGAUGAAGUUGAACAGGCAGCGAUGAAGCUGAAGAAUCAAGGCAUUAAAGUAUUUGCUGUGGGUAUCAAGAAUGCAGACCGCAAGGAACUAGACAGAGUGGCUUCCACACCAACCGAAGAUUAUUCGUUUUAUGUCACUGACUUCAAAAUACUGGCAUCUCUGCUGCCAUUGGUGUCACGGAAGGUGUGUGCCACUACAGGGGGCAUUCUACAGAUAUCAGGAACACAGGCGUAUACUGGCCCCUCAAACUUGGUCUUUUUGGAGCAGGGAACAAGCACACUGAGAAUCCGAUGGACUGCAGCCGGUGGUCCUGUCACAGGUUAUAUAGUACAGUACGUGCCUCUCACAGGCCUGGGACAGCAAAUCAUAGCUGAGAGGCAGGAGGUCAGUUUGGGAGCUGGCGAAACGAGUACCACGCUGCGUGGCUUGAGGGGAGGAACAGAGUACAUGGUCACUGUGAUUGCCCAGUAUGCCAACAGCAUUGGAGAAUCGGUUUCUGGCAAAGGACGUACCCAGAUCCUGUCUGGAGUGACCAGUUUUCGGGUGUCAGAAGCAGGAUCAUCCUUCCUUAGACUGUCGUGGGCUGUGGGCCUGGAAGGCGUGCAAGGCUACAGGCUCACUUAUGUGGCCAGAGGUGAAGCUGAAGCUGAGGAGGUGACCCUUGGGGCUAGUGCUACAUCGUUCUUGCUCAGCAACCUUCGCCCUAACACUGAAUAUGUUGUCACACUCUACCCCAUCUACUCACGACAGACAGUACCACCUGCUGUGGUUCGUGGGCAAACAUUGAGUCUGGCAGGAGUGCAGCAACUGUCUGCUCAGAACAUCUCUUCCCAAAGUAUGCUGGUGACCUGGCGAGGUGUGGGUGGAGCAACUGCAUACCGUGUUACCUGGGGACUUGUCUCAGGUCAGGAUACUCAGACAGCUGAUGUGGAUCCCAGCAAGAAUUCUUUCUUGUUGACUGGACUGCAGCCCAACACUGAUUAUGUGGUAACUGUGGCUCCAGUCUACAGGCAGGUGGAAGGGCCCAAGGCUUCCAUUAGAAGAAGAACUGAAAUACUUAUAGUCCAGACACUGAGAAUCAUAACUGUUGACCCAACAUCCAUCCAGGUGGCCUGGAACAUCAUCCCCAAUGCCCGAGGCUAUCGGCUGGAAUGGAGAAAAGCAACAGGCAUGGAGCCCCCCAAGAUGGUGUCGCUGUCUACCAAUGAGAACACCUACACUAUGACAGGGCUGCAGCCAGGCACGGAAUAUUACAUCACUCUCUACACCUUAUAUGAUGGCAAGGAAGUGGCCACACCAGUCACCAUCUCACAGACAGGGAUAGCAUCAGUGGGCACCGUCUCUGACUUAAGAAUCCUUGAGACCACAGGAAACCGAGUCCGACUGGCCUGGACGGGUCUCCCAGGAGCCACAGGGUAUAAGAUUGUGCUACGCAAUACCCAGGAUGGCACAGAGAAAGUCCGGCGUAUCCCAGGCUCCCAAACCACUGAAGACCUAGUUGAUCUGAGAGAAGAUGUAUCUUACGUGGUCCGUGUGUCAGCUCUCAUUGGUAAUCGUGAGGGUAGUGCUGUUCCUCUCAACAUCCGAAUCCGGCCAUCAUUCAUAGGCAGUAUAUCGAACCUGCGCAUGGUGCCCGUGGGAGUGGGUCGUGUCCGGCUAUUAUGGACUCCCAUCCCUCGAGCUACAGCGUACAGAGUGGUGAUUGUCAAUAUGCAAGAUGGUUCUGAGGAGGUCAGACGGAUCCCUGGUGAGCAGAGUUUCUUGGAGCUGCAGGACCUGAAGGAUAGUGUCACAUACUCAGUGCAAAUAACAACACUCUCAGGCACCCAGGAGAGCAUUCCUGCCACCCUUACUUUCCAAGUGGAAUACCCAUCUGUGGGCAGCAUCAGCAACCUAGAGGCAGCUGCAGUUGGGCCCAAUCAGUUGCGAGUGACAUGGAGUCCAGUUGUUGGGGCAACCGGCUAUAAGGUGACAUGGCGACCAAGAGAUGGUCAAGAGAUCUCUCAACUCCUGCCUGCAGAUAUAAACUCCUACAUUAUUGAGGGCCUGAGACCUGGGGUUGUCUAUAUCAUUGGGGUUUCAGCCCUGGUUGGCAGCCAAGAAGGGAGUCCAGUUACCACCACAGCUACAACAGCCUCAGCUCAAGUGGGAAUGGUCACCAGACUCAGAGUGCUUGAGUCCAGAAGCAAUGUGGUGCGAGUCUCAUGGGUUGGUGUGCCAAGCGCUACAGCAUACAGAAUCGUGUGGAGCCUCCGUGACGGUGGACCGGAAAACAGCAGAUUGGUUUCAGGAAACACCAAUUCUUUUGACAUCCUUAACCUAGAAGGAGGAGCCAGUUACACAGUGAGGGUCACAGCACUGAUUGGCAACCGUGAAGGAGACCCUGUGUCCAUCACUGUCACCACACCAAUGGUUCCUGCUCAACCAGUUGGGAAUCUGCGUGUGACUGACUCCUCGGAAAAGCGUAUCCGACUAGAAUGGAGCCCAGCACCUGGUAGCACUGGCUAUCGGCUCACCUGGCGGCCAGCAGGAGGUGGACCAGAAAGUAGCCGACUGCUGCCACCCAACAUCAACACCUAUGACAUUGAGGACCUGCAGCCAGGAGGGAGAUAUGAAAUCCGUAUCACAAGCCUUAUCGGCAACCAGGAGAGUGAGGCCGUGGCUAUUGUGGCCAAUACAGCAGCUGCAGGCCGUGUGACCAGUUUCCGGAUUUCGGAGACAAAACGGGAUUCUGUGACUUUGACCUGGAAUCCCGUUCCUGGAGUCUCUGGCUAUGUCCUCGCUUGGAAGUCUCCCAGAGAUGGUGAAGGGACACAGAGAACAUUGCCUGGAUCAGCAACGUCCUAUCAAGUAUCUGGCCUGCGCCUGGGUGAGAGAUACACCUUCACUAUCCAGCCACGGUUUGGGAGCAUCACAGGUGCUGAAGCUUCUGUUACUGAGCAAAUAGUCUGCCAAGACGGACGCAGUGACAUCGUUUUUCUUGUACAUGCCACUCGAGACAAUGCCUACAACGCAGAGGCUGUGCGUAGCUUCCUCUCCAGCACUGUAUCUGCACUGGGCCAACUCGGCCCUCGUGACACCCAGGUGGGCAUUGUGAUUUACAGCUACAGAAGCCUCCCUUUGCUCCUGCUCAACCGCUCGAGUGACCUGGCCAAUGUCCUGCAGACCAUCCGCUCACUGCGCUUUGAAGAACCAAGUGGCAAUGCCAUGGGAAUUGCCAUUAAUUUCGCCAGGAACUACAUGCUGAAUCCUAGUGCAGGGCGCAGAGCGGGUGUGCCAGGAACCGUAGUAAUACUGGCAGACGGGUCAUCUGCCGAUGAUGCCAUUGGGCCUGCAAGGGAGCUUAAAGCGACAGGGGUAGAAGUGCUGGCUGUGGGCAUGGAUGGAGCCAACCGUGAGCAGCUACGCCGCCUGGUAACCAAUGAAGACCCAAGCAAUGUUUUCUUUGUGAGAGCGGCCAGCAGUUUGCCAGAGGUGGAAGAGGGGCUUUCCAGUGCCCUUUGCAGGGCACCCAUCCCAGUAGAGCCUGGACCAGAGUGUACUGUGCAGUGUCCCAAGGUCCUCCAGGUCAAGUGGGACCUCAGGGGCCCCCAGGCGAUGUCAUUGGACGACAGGGUGAUAAAGGAGAGAGGGGGCUUCCAGGAGCAAAUGGAGCACCAGGGAAUCCUGGCCGUCCAGGCAAUCCUGGUUCACCUGGCCAACCAGGAAGCCCUGGACUUCCUGGAAAUCCAGGACCCAGGGGGCCAUUUGGUGAUCCUGGACCUCCUGGACCACCGGGACCUCUUGGGCCACCAGGACCCCCUGGCGAGUUUGUCAAGGGAGCGAAGGGUGAUCGAGGGUUUGGCUGGAGAUCCUGGGCCCAGAGGACCUCCUGGACUCCCAGGGCAAAAAGGUGAAAAGGGGGAAGGAGAAGAAGGUUUUCCUGGACCACCUGGACGUCCUGGAGAGCCUGGGGAUCGGGGCCCUAGAGGACCUCCAGGUGAACAAGGAAGCAAGGGAGACCGUGGGCAGCCUGGUUUGGCAGGACCAUCUGGAGAGAAGGGAGAUCGCGGACCACCUGGACCCGAGGGAGAAAAGGGAGAGCAAGGACCAUCAGGGCGCCCUGGUCCAUCUGGCAGAGAUGGCUUGCCAGGACCACCUGGGUCUCGAGGAGAAAGGGGAGAGCCAGGGGAGCCUGGUGUACCUGGAAAGCCGGCUUCUAGUGUCUCAGGGAUCAAAGGAGACAAGGGGGAGUUGGGCCCUCCAGGACCCGAGGGACCACCUGGACCAAGAGGAGAUCCUGGGAACAAAGGGGAACGUGGAUCUCCUGGAUUCAGUGCACCUGGCCCACCUGGUCCAAAAGGAGAGCAAGGGGACAGAGGGAUUGUUGGCCUGACUGGCAAAACUGGCCCAAAGGGUGACCCAGGAGAUGCAGGGGAGAGGGGAGAGCCAGGAAGACCAGGACCUGCUGGACCGAUUGGCCCACGAGGAAAAGAGGGUGAAAGAGGUGACAAAGGAGAAGAAGGAACCCCAGGUGAACCAGGUCCAUCUGGCAGACCAGGAGAGAGAGGUCUACGGGGUCUCCCAGGAAUCCGAGGGCCCCCUGGCGAGAAGGGAGACCAAGGGGACCCAGGUGAAGAUGGAAGAAACGGGAGUCCUGGAGCACCAGGGCUGAAGGGUGACCGAGGGGAUCCCGGUCAGCCAGGACCUCCAGGCCAGGCAGUUGGUGGGGGAGCUGCUGGAGCAGGACAAAAAGGUGAAAAGGGGGAGCCUGGAGACCCUGGAGAAGAUGGAAUGAAAGGUGUGAAAGGAGAGGCUGGUGUGCCUGGCCUGCCAGGAGAACGGGGAAUUGAAGGAUCCAGAGGUCUCCCUGGAGUUCGUGGUGACCCUGGGGAUCGAGGACCAGUGGGAGAGAAGGGUGACCGAGGCCCUCCAGGACUGGAUGGUCGGAAUGGGAUCGAUGGAAAGCCCGGGCAAACAGGGCCUGCAGGCCAAAGGGGUGACCCAGGAAAGCUGGGUGAACCUGGCCGAGAUGGUCUGCCAGGUCUUCGUGGUGAACAGGGUCCUCCUGGACCAGUUGGUCCUCCUGGCCCGCCAGGGUUGCCGGGCAAGCCUGGUGAGGAUGGCAAACCUGGUCUGAAUGGGAAGAAUGGUGAAGAUGGGACACCUGGAGAAGAUGGAAGGAAGGGGGACAAAGGUGAAGCAGGCGCACCCGGCAGAAAUGGUCAGGAAGGCAUUAAAGGAGAGCGAGGAGCCAGUGGGCCUCCUGGGCCUCCAGGACCUCCAGGUGUCCCUGGUGUACCUGGACUAGCCGGCCCACCAGGCCAGAGCCUGCCAGGCCUCCCUGGGAAUUCCGGACCAAAAGGAGACAGAGGGGAGUCUGGACCCAAAGGAGAGCAGGGAAGGCCUGGGGAGCCUGGGAUGCGAGGCGACCCUGGGACAGCAUCGAAUGUUGAACGUGCCCUAGAAGCCUAUGGUAUUAAGAUUUCCUUACUGCGUGAGAUCACUGGUGCUUAUGAUGGGAGUUCUGAUCAAUUCCUUCCAGUUCCUGAUCGCCGAAGAGGCCUGAAAGGUGAAAGAGGGGAUCCAGGAGAAAGAGGACCUGCAGGCAAAGAGGGUCUCAUGGGGUUUCCUGGAGAAAGAGGAUCAAAGGGAGAUAAGGGAGACCAAGGCCCACCAGGUCCACAAGGCCCAAUAGGACGCGCCAUUGGAGAGCGGGGACCAGAAGGACCACCUGGUCAGCCGGGGGAGCCUGGAAAGCCCGGGAUCCCAGGAGUGCCCGGCCGUGCAGGAGAACUUGGAGAGGCUGGGAGGCCCGGAGAGAAGGGUGAUCGGGGUGAUAAGGGUGAUCGAGGAGAGCCAGGUAGAGAUGGCUUACCAGGCCCUCCAGGGCCACCAGGACCCAAAGUAGACGUGAUGGAAGGAAGCCUUUCGGGGCUUCCAGGGGAACGUGGCCCUGCUGGACCCAAAGGAAGCAAAGGAGAGCCAGGAGAAGAUGGUGAAAAAGGCUCUAGAGGCGAUAAGGGUGAAGCCGGGCAGAAAGGGGGAAAAGGAGAAGCUGGCGAGAAAGGCAGAGAUGGUGCUCCAGGCCUUCCAGGAGAGAGAGGCCUUCCUGGGCCUGAAGGGAAAGCAGGCCUGCAGGGUUUUAGAGGGCCACCCGGCCCAGCUGUAAGUAGUCUCUCUCAGAUCUGGAUUACUGGCUUGAGUUGUCUUCUUCUACUUGCUUGCUGUCUUUUUAGCGCAAUAGGAGCAGCUCUGCCUUGGCUUUGUGUUGUAAGGGCAGGUCCUGUUGGCCUUCCAGGAACACAAGGCCCUCCUGGAAUAAAGGGAGAUGCAGGAGAACCUGGCUCCAGCAUCCGGGGUCCACAGGGCCCCCCGGGAUUACCAGGACAAGUGGGUGUCCCUGGACCUCUAGGACCUGCUGGCCCCAAAGGGGAACCUGGGGAUGCUGGGCCCCCAGGGCAGACGGUUGUGGGGCCACCAGGAGUUAAAGGCGAGAAGGGUGCACCCGGUGAUUUCGAUGGGGAAGUUCUGGGAAGACCCGGUCCCAAGGGUGAGCGUGGCAUACCAGGCCCUCGAGGAGAGAAGGGAGAACCUGGGGAGCUUGGGGAGCCUGGAGAUCCUGGAGAAGAUGGAGCCAAAGGAUCAGCUGGGAUCAAAGGAGAAAAGGGUUCACCUGGGAUUGGCCUCCAGGGACCUCCAGGACAGACUGGACCACCAGGUUUGAAGGGAGAUCCUGGUUUGCCAGGUCCACCUGGACCCCCAGGUUUGCCAGGUGUGAAUGGGAGUCCAGGCCAACCAGGACUGAGAGGAGAGAAUGGAUUAAUUGGCCAACCAGGACCUCCAGGAGAGAGGGGUCUGAUUGGCUUCCCUGGAAGAGAUGGCACUGCAGGAUCUCCAGGACCACUGGGACCACCGGGACCAGCAGGAGCACCAGGAAUCCCAGGACUGAAAGGUGACAAGGGGAACACAGGUGCUGGAUUGCCAGGUGCUAGAGGAGAGCGAGGAGAGCCCGGGCCUCGGGGUGAAGAUGGGCGUCCCGGGUUGGAGGGAGAUCGUGGUCCUGCGGGGCCUCCAGGAAACCGAGGGGAGAGAGGGGAUAAAGGGGACAUUGGAUCUAUGGGGCCAAAGGGAGAUAAAGGUGAUACUGCCAUGGUGGAGGGCCCGCCAGGUGCUCGGGGGAACAAAGGGGAGCCUGGAGAACGUGGCCUAAAAGGGAUGGAGGGGGAGAAAGGUGACAAAGGAGAACAGGGCAUCCCUGGAGAGAAGGGGGACCGUGGAAUGAAAGGAGCCUGUGGCCAAGAUGGAGAUAAGGGUGAGAAGGGAGAUCCUGGCCUGUCAGGCCGAACAGGACUUCCUGGAAGGAAAGGUGAACCUGGAGAGGUGGGCAUGCCUGGAACCCCAGGGAUGCAUGGGAAGGAAGGUCUCAUAGGACCAAAGGGUGACAGGGGAUUUGAUGGCCAGCAAGGAUCCAAAGGAGACCAAGGGGAAAAAGGGGAUCGGGGUGCUCCAGGCAUCAUUGGUUCCCCAGGACCAAGGGGAAAUGAUGGACCUCCAGGACCUCCUGGGCCUCCUGGCAGCAUUGGUCCAAAAGGCCCAGAAGGAAUUCAAGGUCAGAAGGGUGAAAGAGGACCUCCAGGAGAGUCAGUUGCAGGACCUCGAGGACCUCCAGGUUUGCCAGGAGAAAGAGGAGAACAGGGAAACCGAGGGCUGGAUGGCUCCAGAGGAGAGAAAGGAGAGCCUGGCAUGAUGGAAGAAGAGAUUCGAAUGUUUGUCCGGCAGGAAAUGAGCCAGCACUGUGCUUGUGGAGGACAAUUGUCUCCUGAACGACGUCUCAUCCCCAACUAUCCAUCCACCCAACCGUUCCCGUCUGUUAAUGCUCAAAUAGUGCCUGUGCUUAAGUUGUCCCACACUGAGGAAGAUGAAGGGGGACAAAAAAUAGUGGAGUCAGACGAACCUGAGUAUGAGUACAUCUACACAGAGGACGAGGACUACGAAGAGGGCCUAGGAUCACAUGAGCCAGAGAGCCCCCUGCUGAGGGACGAAGUAAAGGGCCCAAGGGCAGCUCCCAAACAUGGACAGCAAAAGAGAAAUCCUUCAGAGGAAGAUAAUCCAUGCAUUUUACCUCUGGAUGAGGGAAACUGCAGUAUGUACACAUUACGGUGGUACUAUAACCAAAGAGUAUCUGAGUGCCGACCCUUCAUCUAUAGUGGGUGCAGAGGGAAUUACAACCGCUUCGACUCCAAGGAAGACUGUGAGCUUCAAUGCAAACCACAGGCAGAUGCAGGUAUUGGCACCGGAGGAUAGAAACAGAAGUAUAUCAACCGCACCUGGUUCCUAGCCUUGGGAGGGCUGGUCAACAUGGCUGCCUAUAUGUCCUACAUGACCAAAAGAGGAGCCCCAGCUUUUGAGGCGGUCAGCCCACUCUUAGCCUGCACAGAGUCUCUUGAAAGACACACACACAGAGGACUGGACUGGGUCUGAGGCUGACCUUGCUGCCAUUUCUACUGCCUGCAGCACAGUUGUAUGUCUUUUUGUGUGUUCGCGCACAUAUGCACUUGUGUGUGGGCUGCUUCACCUGGAGCAUAGAAACGGUGCUAUUCUUUUUAUUAAAAAUAUAUAUAUUUGUUGCUCUCAGUUUAUUUUUUAAAUUAAGGUGAAAUUUUUAUCAAAUGAGAAACAUAUGCAUAACUUCUUUUAUAUAUAAUAUAAAGAAAAGACAAGAAAAGACAUAUUUUAAAAUUAGAGCUCUCUUAACUUAUUUGAUACUGGCAAACUAAUGACACGUGGAAUGUAUUCUAGCUUGACCAGUUUUUUUUCCCUUUCUGCAUCUUGCUUUCAUUUGGAUGUACUGUAUAAGCCUAUGAGUUUUUCCUGCUAUGUUACAUGGAUAGGAAACUAGCCUGACUGUCACACCUAGAUUUCAUUCAUUCAGCAGUACUGUAGCCAUGAGGCUAACUCAUUGCCAAAACUAGAACUGUCCAUGCUCUGGAUCAGCCAUUCUCAACUUCCUUUUGACCACAGUCAUCAACACGAUAUGAAAGAAAUACAGGCAAAUCAAGGUUGUAUAAAUUGUGUAACAAACCUUAUAAGGCGGUAUGUGAAGAAGUGUUUCCAGUCUGUGGCCCUCUUCAGAUGUGCCAGCCCCACCCCCAGGAGCCAUUUAGCUCCCAUUGAGAAUGGCCGCUCUAGACAGCGAGAGUGGUGGAAGCUACUGACAUUCUGACCAGGUUCCUUCUGUGAGUCUCAAAUAUAGACACUCUGUUAGUCCCUGUUUCUUCCUAGCUUAUUACUCUUUGCUGCUUGCCAAAUGAUGCUUUAGCAAUAACACUAUUCACCACGUCUGCAGAUCUGCCAGGAAUAAGGCUGCCACUUAGAAAGAACAAAUUAAAUAAUAAUUCUAACUGGGUAUUUGUAAGGGCACAACCAGAGGGAAGAAUCUUCUAUUUUCACAUCUCUUGCUGUUCCCCUUCCCCGAGCUUUCCAACACCUAAAUGGUAGCAGGUCUGCCUCGUUUUAUUUUUCAACUCUAGACCCAAGGCAUAUUGGUUUACUCCCUGAUUUGCUUUAUGUCACAAUUCUGCACAGGACAGUAUCUUAGCAACACUGGCAAGACUGACUCUAUUCAGUCCUUCAAAAAAUCAUAUGAUAUUCAGAUCUCUAUGAAAGCAGGCACUUGGAAAAAAUUGAAUUUUGUGUCAUAGCAAAUUGAUUAUUUGGUCCCAGUAAACUGGGGGUUCUUAUAAUCUUGCCUAAUAGCCACUGGUAGAUAUAUCCUCUGGCCAUUUGUCUACCCCCUUAAUAAAAACUAGCAGUUACCACAAUAUCCAAGUCUGUGAAUUCCUUAUAUUAUAUUGUGCAAAAUAGAGGUGUGAACAAGGUGCCUGUGAGAUUUCUGCCUCCAGCACUAAAAUAACUUUUCUGGCUUUGGGUGCUUCUGUACUGUGACUUUAAGAUGGAGGGGCAGUAUUUGCCACUCCACCUCAAACUGCUGCCUAGCAUUGUGAGUCAGCCCUUGAUAUAUUCUGUCCCAGAUGGCAUUCUUUCAUAAUUUAUUUUCAUGGAAUCUAAUCUUCUGUUGUGUUGUCCAGUCUUUCCGUUUUAAGGGUUUCCUCUGGAGUUGUUCCGAGGCUGCUGGGGUUUUCCCCCAUCUUCACUGAUUUGAUGUCACUCUGCAAACCUGACUACCUCACUGCUCACUUUUAACUCCAAGUCAUUUAUGAAUAUAUAAAAUGGAACCAGGCAGUCUGAAUAUAUUCCUUCCACUGUUUAAUUUCCCUCUAUAGUGAACACUGUUCAUUGCUUUUUACUUCGCGCUUCUUGUUCUUUGACCACUAACGGAUCUUCAAAAAGGCCUGGCCUUUUAUCUCGUGUUUAGCUGAGAGCAUGGGCUAAAUGACAUUGGUAAAGAGUUCUGAAAGCUGGGCGACACAUCCUUCUAAAAGGGUGUUAGCGUCUCUGUGUGUGUUUGCCACCACAAGAGGGCAAGGGUGACAUUCAGCAGUGAAAGAGCAAUUAGCUCUUUUCUCCUCUUACUUUGGUAUUACUCCUCAAAACAUGAAUUCAUUUGAAGAAGUUUCACCUUAAUCCUGAAUAGGAAGGGAUACCCUCCAAUAAUCUUCCAUUGUGUCUUGGAAGAUGAUACUAAAAAAAAGAAAAAAAAA